ACUUCCAAACGGACAAAUUAAAUUAAAACAAACCAGUUCUCUUCCUUUUAUUCUAAUGUUACAUUAAAAUAAUAACACUUUAAUAAAUUAAGAAUCAUUCUACAAUUUAUAAGUUAAUAAGUUCUCUUUUAUUAUUGCAAAUUUACCAAAAAAAAUGAAAGACUCAAUACAACAGGUAAUAUUUUGACAGAUGUCUGGUUCGAGCCGAGAUCAGCUUUCUCGAAUAACGAUGCCGGCUGUUCGACGAACAAAACAGUUUCAGCAAGGGAACGAGCGUAGAAAUUAAGUGCACAAAGCGUAAUACCAUCGAAAAUGGAUAAUAAAAACGAUCGAGUACCAAAAACGAAGGAUGUGGUGUUACCUUCUCCGGUACUACAGUUUCACGACAAUACGGCCACAGAGGUGGACGACACGAGCAGACACCAAGGAAGAACACGUUCGUUUCCUCACGAACGGGGCAUCUGGGCCAGUUAUGUUUUCAUAGACUAUAGUGAUUCCGACGGUUGGAUUGAAAUGCAGAACGAAUGCAAAGAUUUGCUAAACGCUACUCUCGACUUCAUCCCAAUCGAACAGAUGCAUCUUAGUCUUACGAAAACCUUCACCAUUCGGCACCACAACAUUGCACCAUUUGUGGAAAACCUACGAGACCAACUAGCCGGUCAUCGGCGGUUUCGUCUGGAAUUUUCCGGCUUGCAGGUCUAUGUGAAUGAAGAACGCACGCGCACCUUUUUGGGGGUACGUGUGGCUGAGGAAUCUUACGGUCCACUUAAUGAACUCGUCACUAGCGUAGAUGAAUGUUUGGCCGAUUAUAAAUUGCCGUUGUUCUACGCGGAUCGUUCGUUCCACGUAAGUAUCCUCUGGUGCUUGGGUGACCGGGAAGCCGAAGUUCGAAAGCAGUUGCCUGCAAUUACCACCGUGUUUGAACGAGUGUACGAGGAAGAAUACUGUGACAUUAGCCAGUUAGUGAAGAAACUUUGGUUUAAAUGUGGGAAUAAAAUGUUUCAUUUCGAUCUUAUCUAA